AUGACGCACCCACUGUCGAGCAGAGGCGCGCGCGGCUCCAGGGACCACGACGAUGGCGCGUUCCCAGCCGCCAUCGGCACCGCCGACAACGCCGGCAACGGGCUGAGCAGCGAGGACGUGGACGGGGCGUCGCGGCCGGACAGCGGGGCCAUGCUGAGCGUCGUCGCGGACCCCAGGUUCACCACCAGCUGCUCCAGCUUGUCGGACGCCGAGUCCGUCCCUGCGCGCACUGAUGCCGCGCCGACGCAGCACGGGGACGGCGGUGCGGCGCCGGAGACGCCGCCCUGCGACGGCAGCCUCGUCGACGACAUGGCCGCCGGCGACAUCAAGCCCCUCGACAACCCGGUGUCCUACGAAGUGUUUGUGCGCCAGUUUCCCAACUACAAGGAGUACGAAAAGUGGAUGAAUGAAAGUGUGCUCGUGAACAACAACAGUGACAGCACCGAGGAGUGGCAGGCCAACCUCAACAACAGCAUCAACAACAACAACAACGUGGACGCCGACAGCGACGAGCGCAAGGUGAGCGAGGCGAUGAAGACUCUGAGCGUGCCGGUGGAGCACGACGACCGCUGCAUCAACAACUUCGACCCGAGCACGUGCCCCAAGUGCCUGGAGCAGAUGGAGACCGGCCCGUCGAUCCUGCAGAAGCUCAAGGCGUCCUUCCACAUGGAGGACAUGGAGCUGGAGCCGCACGAGAAGGAGCUGUACAGCCGGCACACGGACAUCCUGCUGCGGAAGUGGACGUCCACGCCCGCCAAGCCCAAGCACGCCUUCGAGCGCUCCAAGUCGGAGCCCAAGGAGACCUCCAAGGAGGACAAGCCCAAGCUGUUGGAGCCGCCGUCGUUCCAGCGCACCAAGUCGACGGAGGAGCCCGAGGCCGCGGCAGAGCCGCCGCAGAUCUCGCUGCCCGUGGAGGACAAGAGCCCGCCGGAGCCGAGGACGCCGUCGAGCGCGGACUCGGACGAGCUGAAGCGGCGGCGGCCCAAGGACGAGCCCCGCCGGUGGCUGGAGCGGCCCAAGCUCAUCUGCCAGAGCUCGGACGAGCGCGACGACGAGAGCUCGGCCGGGUCCGCGCCGGUGCGGCCGCGCUUCCCGAUGCUGGGCCGUUCGGACUCGCUGUCCGAGGGCGAGAGCGAUCAGGGCGACCGGCGGCCCAGCACGCCGAGCAGGGCGUCGCCGUCGCUGUACUCGCACCUGGACCUGUCGGACUCGGAGGGUCGCGCGGGCUGCACGCCGCCCUCCACGGCCUCCAACUCGCGCAGCCCCCACACGCCGCGCAGGUACUCGAAGCGGCCGCUGCGGGGGCCCUACGGCCAGAUGCUGGAGGCCGAGAUGAAGAAGCCCGAAGCCAACCGCAAGCUGUCGCAGUACACGGACGACCUCAAGUUCCUGGAGGAGUUCUCCAACAAGGCGGCCGGGGGCGGGGCCGGGUCCUCGCAGUCGCUCGGCGUGGCGUCCGCGUUCCCCGCCGCGCCGAGCGCCGAGCUGACGCGCUCCGUGUCGUCGGGGGAGCAGCGGCAGGCCGCGGCGCCGCGCAACCGCCACCAGGGCAACCUGUCGAUGGACGACUCGCAGCUCCGCGCCGCCGCCAAGACCGACCGGCUGGACCCCGCCGCGGGCGUGCCCGGCAGGGCGGCGGAGCGCGCGCCCAAGAGGAAGGUCUCGGCCGCGGACCUGUCGUCGCUGCACCCGGGCGGCGGCGGCGCGGCGGCGGGCACGGCCCUGCCCGUGUGCCACCAGAGGACCACGUCCAGCCCGUCGCAGCUCGAGGGCAUCGCGACGCGCCACCACGCCAGCGUUGACGCCGACCUCUUCCGCCGCCAGGUUGCAACUUUAAAGCUACCGUGGUCUUUCCGAGAGGUGCGGUGCGACUGCGUGCCCGGAGUGUUCAUGGCGUCUUUAUCAUUAUUUCGGAAAGGUCUCCGAUUGCCUCAAAAAUUGGCAAAGGAGCGAAGGAGCCACAGUGUCUUUGGCGUGCAGUGCCUCGACAUUUUUAAAAGGCCUGUGCCGUCCCUGCAGCAAACCAAACAUCAGCAAAAUGCAAACAAAAUGUCGCAGCAACAAAUUUCUAUUUUGGAUACUAAACUACUUAAGUUUUGGUCCAGAAUGGACUCGAGUGUUGUUUCUGCAGAGGGCGUGAAAUUUGUUUGGGCUUUUUUAGAGUGA